CGACGAAAGAAGGGGACGACAGACUCCCCUCGACUGUCUUCGCUUUGGUUUUGCCUGGGAAGUCCAUGAAUACUUCCCACCCUCGCUCUUCCGUCCUGAUUUCAAUCAGCGCUCGCGCCAGCUGCAUGAGCGCCAAUCGUCCUGCCAUCUGAGCUUUGCCCUCCCCCCCCCCCCCCGGCGAUCAGAUCAUCCGAGUGAGCGUCGAGCUACCUCAAAAACCAUGGGCUCAACCACCACCGAAGAGGCAAAGUCCGUGCCGUCGGACGGUUCGACUCCCGCUUCUUUGUCUGCUCCUCCCAGUCCGCCUCCUCCCGCACCCGCACCGUAUUCUGCCUUCCCACCUGCACGAAAGCAGUUUAUUCUUGCUAUUGUCACCGCUGUCGGCUUCUUCGGUCCGCUCUGCGGCGCCGUAUACCUGCCUUCCCUGGUCCUCUUCCAGGACGUAUUCAAUACGUCAGUCACGGUGAUCAAUGCAUCCGUAUCAGUGUACAUGGCAGUGUUCGCCAUCGCGCCGCUCUUCGGUGCUGCUGCCGCCGACUACGGAGGGCGCAAGACCGUGUAUAUGUUUGCCCUUGGGAGUUUCUUGAUUGCGAAUAUCCUUCUUGCAUCCCUCCCGGCGACCGUGGGGGGACUGUUCGUGCUCCGGAUAUUUCAGGCGUUCGGCUCGUGUAUUGUCACCUCUGUAGGUGCAGGGACAGUUGCAGAUAUAAUCGAGCCUGCGAAACGAGCUUCAGCUCUUGCCAUCUUCCUGCUGGGCCCUCAACUAGGGCCUAUCCUUGGUCCCUUGAUCGGUGGCCAGUUUGCUACGGAAUCACUAUGGAGGUGGCUGUUCGGCUUUCUUGCCCUCGCAUGUGCUCCUCUGUACUUCCUGGUUAUCUUCUUCCUCCCCGAAACCCUGCGAUGCCUGGUCGGAAAUGGCGAAAUCUACGCCAGAAGUGGCUGGCUAACCAUGCCACGCCUUCAGACAAAGUGCGUCGCGGAUCAGCAACAGUUUCCCAGACCAUCACGACCCACCGUAAAGACAUUCAUCCGCUUGCUGAGAUACCCACCUCAUUUUAUUGUCUCUGUCAACGGGGCUCUGUCGUUCGCAGGACUCUAUGCGAUAUACGUAACCUUCCCAGCGGUCUGGGAACAAGACUACGGGUAUUCCAGCUCGGAGGUAGGAUACCUGUAUCUAGUCCCUGGAAUCUCACUUCUCAUCGCUUCGGUAUGCACCGGCCGAUUUUCCGAUUAUCGCCGGGCCAAACUCCUCGCAGCAGCACGGCAAUCCGGAAAGACUGUCGUACCUGAACAGCGUAUCUCUCUCCAGAUCUAUGGCUUCAUCAUCACUGCCGCUGGGAAGGCCAUGUACGGGUGGUUCACUCGUCAUCACAUCCAUGCGAGCGCCGGGCUAGUUGGCUCCGGGAUAGCCGCCGUCGGCACAGCUAUCGUGUUUGUCACAAGUACAUCAUUCCAGACGGAAUGCGACCCUUCUCAAGCCGCCAGUCUGGUGGCGUUGGCGGGAUUAGUCCGCAAUAUCGCCGCCGCCAUUGCUGCAGUGAUCGUAGAAAAGAUUGUGGUUCAGAUCGGGUAUGGAUGGUGUUUCACCGGACUCGCCGUUCUGGACGCCCUCUGUGUGGCGGGCGUUCUGGUGAUCAUCUGGAAGGGCCAUUUUUUCCGCGAGAGACGACAGAGAAGCAUGGAGAACCGCACAUGACGAUACGUCCACGCAUCCACUAACUGGUUAAAAGGGUGCGUUGGUUUUGAUAGCCCCGGAUUUUUGCAUGUCCGAGGAUGCACCACGCUCCCCGGAGAUUUAUAUCCUAAUCAAUUUUCGGCCAUCGAGGGGUCGAACAAUCCUGGCAUAAUAAUGGGAAACGGGUAUAGAAUAUACGACGAUAAUGUAAUAUAGAACUGCAUAUAUUCA